AUACAGCACCCUAUGCAAAACAUUACCAACCAAAGGCAAUACUUUCUGGCAGCCUGAUUUACCUAUCAUCAAAAAAAGUUCCUCUUUAUGCAACCACUCUCAACUCAGUGACAUUGAGGGAAUGGUUUAUGGCCUAACUGACCAAAUUAUGAUGAACAUACUUUGUAUGUAGGAUUAGUUAUACGACGACAGAAUGACAUUCAGACAGGUCAUAGAUCUUAUUAUCUAAAAUAAAACAAAAACGAGUUCCGUGGAAGUAUUGUCGUCUACUCAGGAAAUACUCGUCAUGGCCAUCUUUCCCACAUUCCUUUUAUUAGAGUAGCACGAUUUGUUUUCAUAAUCCAGGGGGGCAGGAUCCAAACGCGGUAGAUUAAUAUUGAAGAUGGAAGGAGCAGCAACGCGCACUGUGAUAACGUCUACCAGCAGCAGCACGGACAACUUUUCCACCUCUACUCUGGCAUGUGAUAGGCACUUUUUUCGCACUGCUUCGGGGCUCCUCGUUUUCGCAGAAAUAGUGUUUGGUCUGCUGGUAUGGAUGCUGAUAGCAGGGACGGAGUACUUCCGUGUGUCUGCCUUUGGGUGGGUCAUGUUUGUGGCCAUCUUGUACUGGGUCCUGACGGUCAUCUUCCUCAUCAUCUACCUGACCAUGGCUUACAACAGGAUCCCUCAGGUCCCCUGGACAACUGUGGGUCUAUUCUUCAACAGUAGUGCUACAGUGAUGUAUGUGGUGGCAGCAGCAGUAGACGCAGCCUCAAUCAGCCAUGCUGUUAAGGGACGCCAUAACUACAACUGCUGGGUAGCAUCCACAUUCUUUGCCUUCCUGGUGUCACUCUGCUAUGCAGGAAGUACAUAUUUAAGUUUUAAAUCAUGGAGAUCAAGGGAUGAGGAACAAUAACCACUCACAAAGGACAGCUAAAGUUGAUCCGUUAUGGAACACAAGAAGAAUGCAACAACCACUCCUUCCCUUUGGAAUGCAUUUCUCUAUUUAAUGUCUGUUAUAUUUCUGUUAUUUUAGAGUUAUGGUGUGUUUCAUCUGUUGGAAUGACAGACCCUGAACCUCAGUGGUGUUUUUACUUCUUAUUCACUCAUGAGUUUAAAAAAAAUUACAUUUGGAUGAAAAUGACUGAUGCUAAUAAAGUGGCUAUUCUGUUUUUCUGAAGCUGGAGAUCAAAGCUUUAACUCCAAUAUUAAAAUGGAUUGGACAGUAA